GGUGUAAGGCUAUGGGACUGACAGUUUCUCAGUCAAGUGUCAACUCUCCAUCAAGGACAUGUGCAAAUGCAUGCUGAAAGCUAUCUGGAAGUCCACUAUUACAAUGUAUUUAAUGCUGCCCUAACGGGAAUCGCAGGAGACAUCUAGUGGCAAAUAUUGUAUACAAUAAGGUAAAUCAAAUGACACGUGGUAUAUUUUCUGCAUUCAACACUGUUCACAUGGAAAAACCACAACACCCAUUAUUUUGUGAUGUCAUUAUAGCAUGGUUGUAAAAUCUUUAUAUUAAUUUGAAUGUAGCCUAGACUACUGCACAUUGGAUGCCUGAAUGACCAUAAUGAGCUUUAAAGGUCCAAUGUAGUCAUAUCUCAAUAUCAAAUCAUUUCUGGUUAACAAUUAAGUACCUUACUGUGAUUGUUUUCAAUUAAAAUGGUCAAAAAUAACGUUUCUUAGCAAGAGCAGACCAAAACGUCAUCCCACCAAAAGAGGUUGACAUUUCAGGCUGUCUUUUCAAACAGCUCUUACACUAAAAGGGCAUUAUCAUAAUUUGACAGUUUUCAGAGUACUAUUACAAGCUCAUAGUUUGGAAAUAUUUUUCAAACAGACAAUCACGUUUUUGACUACUGGGCCUUUAUUAACUAAAUGACGUUAGACUACUACAUAUAGUGUAGCCCUGCUGCCACCUGAUGGCGCUAUUAUUCUUAACGUCGUUUGUCAGUGGAGAAUAGCGCCUACUAGCGGAUGUUCAGGCUUGCUAUAGUGCUGCAAAUAUCCUUAAGCUUAUAAAUUGUCAUUAUUUGUCAUGUCAACGACGAUGCAUGAACUAUUUACUCGUUGCAUGAACAACAGAAACCACCGAGUUUUUAAACCUUUUCAUACUAAACAAUAUUUGCAGAAACUGCCGAAGUCCUGCCCUGCGGUUAACCAUGGUGACUCCGUUCUGUCGUUCCGUCCAUUUGUUUUAUAGGACCCUCUUUGAGUACCUGUCCUAAAACGCUAGCAAACGAGCGGAACGAUAGGAUCGGAGACAUCAAGGGAUAGCGGAAUCAUUUAAAGGUAGGACUUUGGUAGUUUCCGACUCGUCACUAGUUACCACAGCCACACAGUUAUUAAUCCCGCCUAUUUCUACAAUGUAUAUUCUUAAAAUCUGAUUUGGAACCUUACUCAAUCCACACUGCUAAUCGUAUGCCUAACCCUAAAUUAAUACCAAAACGCACAUUUUUGAUUUUAUGAAUUUUCUACGAUACAGCCAAUUUUGACAUUGUGGCUGUCGUAAAUAGUGGAAAACUAGUUUCCGUCCUUCAUCCAACGAGUUAGCAAACCAGCAUUAGCAUCUCAAUAAUCCCUCGGUCAACCUGAGUAAAUACAGACUCGUUGGAGAAUUCGCCAGUGUUGGACUGACUCCCUGGCAAUAUGACGCUAUUUCAUUUCGGGAAUUGCUUUGCCUUGGCUUAUUUCCCCUACUUUAUCACCUACAAGUGCAGUGGACUCUAGUCACCCUUAUUGGGCUCCCGAGUGGCGCAGCGGUCUAAGGCACGGCAUCUCAGUGCAAGAGGUGUCACUACAGUCCCUGUUUCGAAUCCAGGCUGUAUCAUAUCCGGCCGUGAUUGGGUGUCCCAUAGGGCGGCGCAUAAUUGGGCCAGCGUCGUCCGGGAUCAGAAUACAAUGCAUUCUGGAGAUGUGUUCAAGCAGGAGCUACCUACCUAUGUGUGCAACUAUGCAAGAUGCUAUUUCUAGCCACAUUCUUCCCCACAUGGGAGGGAGGAGCUGGUGUGUAUGACUUUGUUGGUGAGUUUAUGAAGGCUACGGUGGACCUAGCUGACCUUCUGGGCCUGCAUCUGGUCAUGUCCAGGAACGCAGGGAAGGGAGAGUACAAGAUCAUGGUGGCAGCGAUGGGAUGGGCCACAGCAGAGCUCAUUAUGUCAAGGUGUAUACCUCUGUGGGUGGGUGCCAGAGGCAUUGAGUUUGACUGGAAGUACGUACAGAUGAGCUUCGACUCCAACAUCAGCCUGGUGCACUAUAUCGCCAUGGCAGCAGGGGUGUGGAUGUUCACGCGGUACGACCUCCCGAAGAGCUUCCGUCUUCCUGUGACUGUACUGCUAGGGCUGUGUGUAUACAAGGCCUUCCUCAUGGAGUUGUUUGUCCACGUGUUCCUGCUGGGGAGCUGGACAGUCCUCCUGGUGAAGGCGGUGCUCACUGGAUCUAUCUCCCUCUGUUCUCUCUUCCUCUUCGUCACACUGGUGCACAGCAACUGAGACCGGCUGCGACCCCAAACAAAGAGGGUCUUUAACACACACACAGGGCCUUUCAACCAGACUUUGCCUGUAAAGAUUAAUUUUGUAUCGCUCAGAAAGAGGGCAGGAAUGUGAGCAUUCAUGAUUUGACUUUUUUUAAUGUUAUGAUACUACUUUUUUAUGUAUGAUUUAUUAUUGUGCUGAAUUAGUACGGUAGAUUGAGUAUUUAUAACAAGUGGAUGAAAGUGGAUGCCUCUUAAGCGUUGUAGUACAGUUACUAAACUACUUUGACAUCUAAGCUGAUGGUACAAUACUGUUGUUACUCUGUGUGCUCACCUGCAUUACUGUAGAUAUGAAAGAGAUUUAACUUAAUCUCAUUCGACAUGAUGAAAUACAAAUGUUGGUGCACUUGUCACAUGACUGAAGCAGCAUAAUGGCGUACUUAUGUUGUCGUAAGACUACGUAAAACAUGGUAGCAGCGGGUUAUCCUACUCUAUGGAAACUUAGUGAGGUGUGAAUGAAUGGCCAAUAAAUGACUUAAUAUGCUA